GCUUCACUAAAUCUUCCACAAUUAGAACCUGCUAGAGAAAAUUUAACUGUUUAAAAAAAUAUUAAAAAAUAAGUUUGUAUUUUUAAAAAAAAUUUAUUCAAAAUGAGGGAAAAAACGGUCGAGGAAACUUGCAAUUAUCUAUUAAAGGAAAACCCCGAAAAAAAAAUCUGCAACUUGUUUUGAGAGCUGGAAUUGAGAAUUAAUGGAGGGGGAUGGAGAUGUGAAAUCGCCAUUGAUGACGUCGACCGAAGCUCAGCGGAAGCUGAGUCAUUCCGGAGGCCGACUUCGUCGCCGGAACUCCGUGAACUCGCUGAGGAACGACUUCGUGUCCCGCUUGCCUGAUGAGGUCCGCUCCAGCCUCGACGUUGAGUCUUCUUUUCGCUUUGCACCCUCCAGAACAUCUGGCUUAAGCAAAGGUAAAAGGGAAUACUAUGAAAGACAAUUUGCUACCUUAAAAUCUUUCGAGGAAGUCGAUACUGUGGUGGCAUCCAACUGUCUUGAGGAGGAAGAUUGCGAAGAACAGGCCAAACAUGAAAGACUAAUGAAGAUCUCUAAUUACUUAAAUGUUGUGCUGCUGGUAUUUAAGUUAUAUGCCACAAUAAGGAGUGGAUCCUUAGCCAUUGCUGCAUCAACAUUGGAUUCUUUACUAGAUCUCAUGGCUGGUGGAAUACUUUGGUUCACUCACCUGUCAAUGAAAAAUAUAAAUAUCUAUAAAUACCCAAUUGGAAAGUUGAGAGUUCAGCCUGUGGGCAUAGUCGUAUUUUCAGCAAUUAUGGCUACUCUUGGCUUGCAAGUGUUGGUCACAGCUGUAGAGCAACUUGUUGAAGACGAACCUUCUGACAAGAUGACCUCGGAUCAAUUGGUCUGGUUGUAUACAAUCAUGAUAUUUGCCACUGUGGUAAAACUCAUCCUUUGGUUUUACUGUAGAAGCUCUGGGAGUGAGAUUGUGCGUGCCUAUGCUAAGGAUCAUUAUUUCGAUGUGAUAACAAAUGUAGUAGGGUUGGUAGCAGCCGUACUUGGCGAUAAAUUCUACUGGUGGAUUGACCCUGCCGGAGCUAUUUUUCUAUCAUUUUAUACAAUUACAAACUGGUCUGGAACUGUCAUGGAAAAUGCAGUUUCACUAGUGGGACAGUCAGCCCCUCCUGAAGUGUUGCAGAAAAUGACAUAUCUUGUUAUAAGGCACCCUCAGGUCAAGCGUAUAGACACGGUUCGGGCAUACACAUUUGGUGUUCUUUAUUUUGUGGAGGUUGACAUUGAACUCCCAGAAGAGCUGCCCUUGAAAGAAGCACAUGCCAUUGGAGAGACUUUACAGAUAAAGAUAGAGAAACUCCCUGAGGUUGAGCGUGCAUUUGUUCAUCUUGAUUAUGAAUGUGAGCACAAGCCAGAGCACUCUGUCCUCAGUAGGCUCCCCAACAAUUAAAAGACUUAAUUUUGUUGAGUUUUCAGGUGACUAUUGGCCAGGCACAAUUUUUUUUUAUAAAUAUUUCGGAUAUGUUUAAUCGUGGAACAGUUUUUAUUUUCUAUUUUCUAUUUUCUAAAUAUUUACUAAAAAAUUACAUUAUUUUUCAACUUUUCUAUAUAUGUAUGGAAAACUUGAAACA